AUGUCCGAAUCGUUAAUCGAAAGCGAGAAACACGUCGACAAUUCCGAAGUUCUAGAAACUUCAUUAGAACAGCAAAAAACUGAAAAUGAGGUGUUUAUUAAAAAUGAAACGGAAACCGAUAAUGAAGAAUAUGAGCAUGAAAAGCCCGCUGAAGUAGAAGAGAUUCCGGAACCUCAACCCGAAUGGGUCGAUCUCUUGGGAAGCGGAGCCAUUAUGAAAAAACUCCUUACCGAGGGUAAACCCGACAGCAGGCCUCAGAGGAGCGAAAAAUGUAUUAUCAACUACACGUUAUAUCUCAAAGAUGAAACUGUAGUCGAAAGUGCCAGUAAUUUCCAACUAAAUUUAGGAGAAUCAGACGUUAUACAAGGAUUAGACGUAGCCCUGGGCCUAAUGAAUAUCGGCGAAAAAUGUAGAUUACAAAUCGAGCCCAGACUAGCAUUCUCUAAAAAAGGUUUAGCCUCUGAUAUCCCUCCUGAUGCAACAGUUAUUUACGAUGUCGAAUUAGUACAAGUAGAACCCGAAGAUGUGAUCGAUUCAAUGACUAUUGGCGAAAGAAGGCAGAAAGGGAACAAGAAGAGAGAACGAGGAAACUGGUGGUACGUUCGCGGGGAAAACAACAUAGCAAUCCAGUGUUACAGAAGGGCCUUGGACUAUUUGGACGAAGUCGAAGGUGGGGAGCAAGCAUCGAAAAACGAUAAUGAAAAAAGCGAAAUAUUGGAUUCCGAUCUACAAAGCAUUUUGGAGGAUCGUAUAAGCGUGUGCAACAACAUGGCGGCGGCACAAAUAAAAAUGGAGAAUUACAAUGCCGCUUUGAGUUCGUUGCAAAUCGUACUUAAAUGCCAGCCGAACAACGUUAAAGCGCAUUUUAGAAAAGCGAAGGUAUUUAUAGGUAAAAACGACCUUUCUACGGCUAUGAAGUGUUUGUUGAAGGCGAAGGAACUGGCACCGAACGAUGCCGAGAUUCAGAAGGAAAUAGCCAAAGUAACGAAAUUGCUUGAUAAGCAAAAGACCAGCGAAAAGGAGUUGGCGAGGAGAAUGUUCAACGGAAAGGCGAAAACCGGCGAUGUAAAUAAACGUAAAAAGAAAGCGCGUGGAAGUAGACUAGCCUUUUGGGGAACUCUUGGAGCGGCAGUAGCUUUGGGUACGGCCGGUAUACUGGCGUACCGUUUCAAAGUGUAG